GAUUCACGCAUGUGUUGUUUUACUAGAAUAUGGUGUUUUAUUGUUGUUGUUUUUUGCUGGUGUUUGUUUUCAUUGCACAUAUAUAUAUGUAUAUGUAUAUGUAUAUAUAUAUAAUAAGUAUAACUUUUGAGGCCAUUUAAUAAUAUAAAUAAAAUUCAUUACUGUUUGUGAGUUUUAUUAAAGUUAAAUGGCAAUGUCUUGAAGUCACCCUAGGGCCGUUAAAAUGAGUCAUUGAUCUAUCUAUACUUGUCUAUAACAAGUUUAUAUUUAAAAUGUUCUUUGCAUUUAUUAAUCUAUGCCAAGGCCUCCGAUGAAUCCAUUAGAAUAAUUUAUUGAUACAAUUAACAAUUCCUUACCCCACCACCGCCCCCCUCCCGCCCCUACAAUUUAUUGGUCAGUACAAUUCUUUGGGUCAGUUUGAUCACCGCAGACUUGCCCAGUUGUCCGACAUGAAGCUCUUCCUUGCCGUCUUAGCCCUGGUGACUGCUGCCAGUGCCCAAACCACAGUUGCACCCAGAUGUAAGUAUGCGUUCUGGACCAGUUGUAUUGGCGGGGAGUUCCGUUACAUGCACUACCCCGCCCCCCCCCCUUAGUUACGCUCUCGUUAGUUGCAAAUAAGAAAGUCAUAUCAAAGCACAUUCAAAUUUAACCCCCCCCCCCUUUUUCCCCCCACACACACACCUAAAAAACUUGCCACAAAACAAGACGUAUAAAGAUAGACCAUUUCUCUUUUCAGUUCCUGAUAUCAUCGCAGGACUAACAGCAAAUGGACACUUCACAGUUUUCACAGAUCUGUUGACCAAAUCAGGACUACUCCCAACAAUUAACGCAAGUAAGUAACUUUAUGACUAGCAACUCUUCAUUCUUGAUGCCAGGCGGGUGUUAAUUUUUGCUAAUCAAUGAGAAAUUAAUUUUUUUAAAAAUAAAACAGAUCAAUAAGUGGGUUUUAAUUAUAAGAGAAAAUAUAUAUUUAAACGUUUCGGCCAAACGCCUUCUUCGGGAUAACAUAACAAUCAAAAGCAGCUAAUUCUUUUGUUUGUUUCCAUUCUUUCAAUUACUCUAAAGUAACAGCUAGUAUAUUAUAAACUGAUUACGUAAAUCUUAAUCAACAUUCUUGGUAUUUUUUUAUAUCGUAAUAAAGAAAUUGUUGGUGUCAUGUUAAUCUACUUAAAAGCUAAACCUUAUGAUGAUUCAUUUUAGCCGUCUGUGUUCACACAUACUCAAAGCGUGCUCACAUAAUGGCUGACUGUGUUCAGAGCUCUAAGUCAGAAACUUGGCUUUCUUGCUUUGAAACCAUCCAUGCAAAUGAAAACGAUAGUUGAGUAGUUUAAACAGAGUUCGUGAACUAUUGAUCAACAAUGCUGCUCUAUGAUUUUUACUAAACACUCUCAUAAAAUUGGGAACGGGCUCAUAAAAUUGGGAACGGGCUUAUGACAUUGGGAACAUGCUCAUAAAAUUGGGAACACGCCCAUAAAGUUGGGAACACGCUCAUAAAAUUGGGAACAUGCUCAUAAAAUCAGGUCAGAAAUACUGUUCCCAAUAUUUAAGAUUUUCAUGAGAAUUUAAUUUAACACUUUUUUUAAAAAAUGUUUUAUCAGAGAAUACUAUUAAAUGUUAUUUUUGUGUGUGUAUUCAUUUGGUAACGGGAGAAGGAAAUGAGGGUCGGAUAUGCACCCUUAGCGAUAACAGACAGAGGGAUUAGAGAAUAUACUCGGUUGGCAUUUAAUUAGCAUGUGUUUAUUAAGGCUUGUUGGUUAUUCGGUAGAGUUGUGGCAUUUAAUUAGCAUGUGUUUAUUAAGGCUUGUUGGUUAUUCGGUAGAGUUGUGGCAUUUAAUUAGCAUGUGUGCGAUUGUUCUCCUUUCCACAAACCCAGCUGCCCACUUCACCGUGUUCGCCCCCACCGACAGCGCCUUCGCCAAACUGUCCCCGGACGUGUUUGAGGCCAUCAAGAAUGACCCCGCCCGACUCACCGACCUGGUCAAGACCCACCUGGUGCUGACCACCAACUACCGUCUCCACGGGGUGCAGCAGGACGACGUGCUGAAGUCCGCCAACAACCACCAAAUCAGGAUCAACACCUACCCUAUUGUGCACGUGAGUAGUCACGUCAUUGAGAUCAACGGCGGCGCUAGGGUUAGGGCCACUGGUGGUGGGGGGGGGAGGGGGGACAAGAGUUUUUCCACACCCUCUGCAGAUUGCCAAAAAAUAACGCUGCUUAAUUUAAAGAAAAAGAGCGCCCCUUGGGGUGGACCGGACCACCGCUUCGGUCACCUCCCUUCCCACCCCUUUGAUUAAGAUACAUUUGAUUAUUUUAUUCCUAAAAUAAUCUACACAUAAGCACAUGUGUCCUUUACUUACCCUAACCAUUCAUGUUAACAAUCAUACAGUGUUACAUAUUUUCAUUAAUUUAUCACAACUACACCAACAGAUAAUAGAGCUGAGGUAUUCCAAGAUAUAAAACACACAUUUGACUUUAGUUGUGUGGCUUUCCUUGAGAGGAGCAGCCAUCCUUUGAACUCCAGUUCCCUUUAAUUCUCUGUUGUUGGUCUUUGUUGUCUAACAGACACAGACGGCGGAUGGUGUCAACAUCACCAUCAAGAACAUCCCCAUCGUCCACGGCUUGGCCCACGGCCUCGACGGCGUCCUGACGCCUCCCUCGUUCAGCUCCAUCCAGAUCAGCUUGAACCGCACCGACUUCAGCACGUUCACCUCCCUGUUGGUCAGCGCCAAUCUUCUCAACUUUUUCACCGGUGGGUAGACAAUAGCAGAAAACGUGAAUUCAAACUGUGGUCUGAAGAUCGCCGACGUCUUCUUGUGUAGAAUUUUACGUGGUCCACUAACUGUAUCCAAAUAAUUAAAUUAAUUCAGUCAUGAAUUAUAACACAGAUUGAGUAACUUUUAUCAAAAGAGGGCACACAAUCCCCACAAACAUACCCCCUUUCUUUCUAUUCCAGUGAGAAAUAUGCUAUCAGGUAGAUCCACAGGCGGAUCAUUCCCUAGCUGGUCAAACCAAAAGGAACGCCUCUAGACAUACGUUGACUUUGAGAUUUUUCGAAAACAUACGUUUUUAUUUAUAUAUACUUUAAGUAUCCGUUCUUUCUUGUUUUUGUAUCGUCUGCAGGAGAAGGCAUGUCGCCGAAACGUUCGUUGAAUGGUCCUGUCUUUUCAUUUCAAGCCUAAAUAUAUCUUGUUCCACGUUCCAAACCUUACACUAGUCGGUAUGCCGUGAUGUUUGAUAAGCCCGUUAAGACUUGCCAAUAUAUUUAACUAGACAUCGCAGUCUGAUCGGGCAAGUAACACAUCAUGCUGAUCAGUAGUUUGAUGUCCACGAAGAGAGUGGACCUGCUCUGAUUUGGUGGUACAAACAUUGUGAUGUGUACACCUUGGCCCCCUACGACCUAGUCACUGUUUACACGCUGCUGAUCAGUUCAUGCAAGCAACACAAAAAAACAAACAACUUAUUUCAACUAUGCUAACAAAAAAAUCGGGAAAGAGUCAAACAAAAAGCACACAGAAAGGACAAAUAAAAAAAACAACAAUUUAAAACUAUAAUUGAUGCUAUAAGUUUACGAACAUAGAAUUUUUUAUAGAUAGCAAAAAAAUUUAAAGCGGUAUGAAAGAACACACAGAAUUUUUUUUUUAAAUGUUGUAUUUGUUUCGUCUCAUGUUUUGUAGUGGUUAACUAUCUGAAUUUUCCCUUCCACUACCCCCAAAUCUCCCGGACCAGCUGAUAAGGACGUCACAAUCUUCGUACCCAACAACGCUGCCUUUGCCAAACUGCCCACGGCCGCGACAGCGUACUUGAACAGUCACCACGCAGACCUGGCCGGUGAGUACCCACCUGGAUGACCUCUGCAUUGGUCAUCGAGUUACUCACUUCACACCGCGUACAUCUCGCACGUGUCGACCGUCUGAUUUAACAAUUUUAUUUGCAUAAUUUCCAGAUACCUUGAAGUAUCACGUGGUCAGAGCUGAGACCCUCUUCAGUAUCGGAAUGCAACAUACACAGAGCCUGAACUCGGCUGACUCCCACCAGGACCCGCUGAUGAUCUUUCAAGACGGCGGUGAGUAGCUCAUGAUCAAAGGGUAAAGAGCAAGGGAGGUCAUCUCAGUAUAACACAUUGCACGACCCUCGACCUAAGCAUCCGAUCACAUACAAAGCUCGGAGGUCACUGAAAGUAACAAAUAAGGCUCUCGUACCGCACCACCUAUUAUGUGACUCCUAACCCUCCGCUGCAGUGUUCCUUUCUGACAAUUUCCAAUUCGUGGAAAAAAAGGAAAAAAGAGGGGGGGGGGGGAUUUCAGGUUUUUCUCGGUGGGGGAAGUGACGGUGGACUCUGAGGGCACCAGAUGUCCCCGGACUAUUGCCUGGUGGGGGGCACCAAAAUGGGUCUCCGCUGCAGUGUUCCUUUCUGACAAUUUCCAAUUCGUGGAAAAAAAGGAAAAAAGAGGGGGGGGGGGGAUUUCAGGUUUUUCUCGGUGGGGGAAGUGACAGUGGCCUCUGAGGGCACCAGAUGUCCCCGGACUAUUGCCUGGUGGGGGGCACCAAAAUGGGCUUUGGUGGCCUUUACAGGAUAAAAAUUAUUAGUUUCAGAGUUUGCUUUCCUGUAGCCCUCUACGACAUAUCCGUGAGACUGCCACCAUCCCAACUGCAUAGAAAGCUUUCCUGUAGCCCUCUACGACGUAUCCGUGAGACUGCCACCAUCCCAACUGCAUAGAAAGCUUUCCUGUAGCCCUCUACGACAUAUCCGUGAGACUGCCACCAUCCCAACUGCAUAGAAAGCUUUCCUGUAGCCCUCUACGACAUAUCCGUGAGACUGCCAAGUCAGUUUAUCCGUAUGUGCAGCUUCUCGGCCUUCCCCUUCGGUAAGAGAGAUGGAGAAGAGAGAGAGCGAGAGAUGAAAAGAGAGAGAGAUGAAAAGAGAGAGAGAGAGAGAGAGUCGAAUUGGUACAUUCAGUGCGUUCACAAUACAGCUAAUGUUUGCUCGAACUUCCAUUUUCUUUGGUAGAUUAGAUUAGAAGAGGACAUGUGUCCCUGAAUAUGACAAGCUAAAUCUAUUGGAUAAGAUGUCUUAGAAGUGUCUUACUUUUUAAGUACGUUGACCCAUAUUUUUUUCUCUAUAUAUCUAUAAAAUUGUACCGACACACUUGUUAUUCCUGGCGAUAAAGAAAUGUGUCAUGCGAAGCUUCGUUAGAAAACAGCUGGUGUAUUCUGUUGUUAACGUACUUCACACAAUUGACAAGCUAAUGCUUAUUUUUAUUGUAUUCAAUUAUUUUUGUAAAUAACCGACCACCGUACGCCGUGGGUGCCUGAUGAUAUUGACUGCCUCCCACAGCUGGCGGCCUGACCGUCAACAAGGCGAACAUCAUUCAACGCGACAUCAUCGCCACCGACGGCGUCAUCCACGUCAUCGACGGCGUCCUGAUCCCACCACGUGUUCUGACGCACAUCGCCGACAACGGCAUCAUCUUCGGAUGAGUCAUGAGAGCCCUUGACUGAGUCAUGGCGUGACGGGGCUUAAAACUAAAACCUUUGAAGUUCAUGGAGUAUUUUAAAACAAUUGAAACAAUUCGACAUUUCAGCUAUGAAAUAAAAAAUUGAAAAAAAAACUACUGAACAUUAAACUUCGAGUGUUGUGUUUGCUUCAUUUGUUCAUCUCAUCAGCCUGUUCCACCGCCUGAACAAUAAAACGCAAAGAAGUUUCAUGUUGCAAUCA